AUGGCUAGUGCCCUAGAUGCAGACAUCCAGAUUGAGGCGAUCUUAUUUCCGGGAGUGAAUCUUUGUAUUCACCAUUCGGGGGAUGUGUUUUACAAAUCAAGAGCUAAUUUGAAAUUGAGGAUUUUGCGCGAUGUGCAAUUUCAGUUUUGUUGUGAGGAGUUCAUGGCUUUAUGUGCUUCACGUAGAGCACCUACAUCAUCAGAGCACAGAAUUGGUUUGGCUGGUGGAUUGGAUACACUCACUCUGAGUAGUUUGUAUGAUGAAGCUGCAUAUAGAGCCUCCCAGCAGCCAGUAUAUGGAGCACCUGCUCCAAACCCAUUUGAAGUACAAGAUCCAUUUGCUUUGUCAAACAACAUAGCGCCACCUCCAGCAGUUCGGAUGGCUGCCAUGACUCAACAGCAGGCCAAUCCAUUCGCCCCCUACCAACAACCAGCCUAUCCACCGCCCCAGCAGCAACAGCACUCAAUGAUGGGCCCACAAAAUCCAUUCAUGGAUGCAGGAUUUGGAGCAUUUCCUGUCACCCAUACUGGUCAUCCACAAACGAACAAUCCAUUUGGGAGCACUGGCCUACUGUAAUCAUCUGGAGCAUAUACAGUGUAAUUUUACUAUAGCUUAGUUGAUUUUUGAUGUAUUUGAGCUUGACUGAAGCUGUACAAGUUUGUGCAGUACCUCUUGAUAGAUGAUUUUUCCAGGUUGAUCUUGUAUUUGUUUGGAGUUGUAGAAGAUAGUCAUUGGAUGAUGAUAAACAGAAGCAUUUUCAGUGAAGGUAAUUCACAGUAAAUAAUAUGGCAACUGUACUAUGACCUAAUCUGUUGGCAUUGUCGUCAUUUAUUUCAUAUCUGCU